UAUUGGUCUCAUCAGUGGGGGUGAUUGGAAGGCGUUGUAGGAUAAAGACUCGAUUUUGUGAUAUGAUAAAGACGGGUUUGCGGCCGAAGUGCUUCUGUGAAAAAUCCUAGAGACAAGUACCCCACUGAUCCCGACUUCGUGACCCGCUACUGAGUCAAGACCUGUACUUCGAAGAACUCUGACUUUGUGUGAUGUAAAGAUGGAGAAAGUGUUGCUGUCGCUUCUCUUGGUGGGCGUGGUGCUGAGGCUCACCCACGCCCACGUUGCUCUCACCUUCCCGCCCGCCCGCAAGUACGACCUGGACUUCCUCGACUCCGCCAGGACCCCCGGCCCCUGCGGAAUGCCCAAAGGAGAUGUCAGCACCACCUUGUUGCAAGGGUCCGCCUUCAAUGUGUCAUGGCACCUUGCUUAUCCUCAUCAGGGCGGCUUCCGGCUGGAGCUGAUGGACGCGCAGGAGCGGCCGCUGGCGGACUUGACGCCCGUCACGGCCGACUCCAAGUUCCUGUCCGAUGACACGACAGCCCAGUCCUUCAGGGUCAGCCUGCCCAAGGACCUCGCAUGCAAGGGCUGCACCGUGCGGCUGAUCCGCGAGGCGAGGGAGUGGGGGAAGUCCUACAAGUUUUGGUCUUGCGCCGAUGUGGAUAUUGUGCCUCGCAAUGACUACCGCGAGGACUGCAGCGGCCGCGGGAAGUACAUCGUGUCUCGCUGCCACUGCAACAAGCGCUUCUUCGGCAAGCGGUGUCAGUUCGAGAACGAAUGCGAGGAUGACGACGACUGCGGCUUCUUCGGCAAGUGCGUUGACAUCGACUCCACUUCGUUCCCCAAGAAGCAGUGCUAUUGCCAGCAGGGACGAUUCGGACCCAAGUGCACGAAAGCUUCUCUGGUCACCAACCGAGGUCAGAUCAACUUGGGAACCUACAACAAGAAGGAACUUAGUGAUAAGUUGUCCCUGCACUGGAAGGUCCUGCGAACAGAGGGAGAAAUUGAGAUCGUGCUCGUCAAUAAAGGCACCUCGUACGUCGCUUUGGGCUGGAGGCCACAGGAUACAACCAAGACGUGUCAGCAGUUCCCUUACAUUCACGGCACUGUGAAGGAAGGUGCCUCAUGGGCCCCACAAAAGAAGCAGAGACCACGAGGAAGCCCACACUCAGCCUGGCGGAUCGACUUUCUGGUCUUCUUGUGCCAAGUGGAAGAAACAAGCGCAGUGCUCCAUCGAGGAGGGCACGUUUUGCGGUUCCACUCCUCAAGAGUGUCGAGAAACCACAGAAACUGACUGGAGAAACUGAAGCCAUGGUUGGUCACAGCCGAUCAGCGGCGCGUCCCCCUUCGUGCCGCGCGGCAACCUCCACGCCAUGGACUGCACGGACAUCGUGAUCGGCAGCGCCCGCGGGAACCUCUACCGGAUCGGCGACUUCUACACGCGCGACCGCUCCACGCCCCGCCCCGACGACUUCUGGGGCGGAGAAGACUCCCUGACGGCGGCGCUGGGCUGGGAGGAGGACGGGCAGACCACCAUCGUCUUCAGGAGGAAGCUCAACGCCUCCCACCCGACCGACUACCCGAUCACCAACUCCCUGAUGCACGUGAUCUGGGCGCGCGGGCAGGAGCAGGGCAUGUACGUGCACGCGCCCCGCUCCGGCCUGGAGGAGGGCGUCGCCAGCGUCCCCGACUUCUACAAGCCCGACGAGCUCAAGUACCACGGCAAGAAGGGUCAGCGGGGCGUGCUGGCGCUCAACUUCUUGGAGAGGAAGAGCGACCCGACGGCGGCGGCGGAGGAGAUCGACUGGUGCGGCAACCACUGGCGCUACCCGCAGGGCUGCAACCCGGGCCAGGACUGCGAGUACUACGCCCGCUGGGAGUACCUCGAGAAGACAGAUGACAUCAAGUUCACCAUCCAGACUUCGUUCACCGACCGCUGGACGGGCAUUGGCUUCUCCGAUAACACGAGGAUGCCCCUGACUGAUGCAGUGAUCGGCUGGGUGGAGAACAGCGGCCGCUCCUUCAUGUUCGACGCGUGGGUACGAGGGUACUCGGUGCCCAUCGUCGACCCGUCGCAGGGCAUUAAGAACGAGACUGGCAAGAUCGAGGACGGGAUCACGACCAUCAGCUUCUUGAAGAAGAGGACGUCCAAUGACGUGGAAUAUGACUUGAACUUCACAGACGAGAAGUGCCUGUACCUGGUGUUCCCCAUUAAGGGUGGAAUCAUCAACUACGUGUCCAAGAAGGUCCGCAAGCACGAACGCACUCCGGCAUUCUCCACAGAGCGUAUCUGCAUCAGGCCCUGCAGCAAGUUUGGCGGUGCUGAUGGGAAGCCCUUCGUCUACACAACCACACCUCGUCCACCUCUGUUGCACUACGCGGUGGAGUUGAAGCUGGUUGAAGUGGGUGAGAAUUUUGAGGUGCCACAGCCAGGAACUGUAUCAUGGAGAAGCAUCACAGACAGAAUCAAGAGGUCUGUUGAGGGAGCCAUUCAGGAUAUCCCGGGAUACCAGGCAGCAGAAGUAACGAAACUUACUGAUGAAGGGGACGGCAAAGUCCUGGCAGAACUUCAAGUUGUGUUGGACAAGAACUCCCAUGAAGAAGGACUUGAGGAGAGUGCUCACCCAGAAGGUGAGACAGAAGAAGAGCCCAUGGUGAAGACAGUCUUGGAGAAAUCUGUUAAGUCAGGAAAUAUAGCUGGUCUCCUCGUCGACCCCAGCUUCCUCCAAGUCAAUCAGCUGCGAGAGGUCUCUGAGGCCACUAGAGAGGAGAAUGUGACUGGGUUAGCUGGCCACAAUGGAGCCAUCAAAUUCCUUGAAGACCACAAGCUCUGGAUCAUCUUGGGUGUUGUUGGUGCACUGCUCUUGCUCACCAUCAUUCAGGCUACAAUCACCAUCCAUAAAAUCAAGAAAAACAGAAGCCCACCUGUGAGUACCAAGGAGCGUCUCAUCACCAACUCAGGAUGGAAGGACUACAGUCAGGGCAACAUGAACUACGCAUAUGACAGCUUUGAGACAGAGGAGAAUGGUGUCAACUCCCGGCGUCAGGGAGCCAAUGGGUCCCUUCGUCCCAGUGCCCCACGGGGCACCUAUGAACGCUCCAAUGGCCACAGCAAUGGCUAUAUGGGGGGCCCCAACGGCCAUCCCGGGCACCAUCCUGGUGGCUAUGGAGGGGAUACACGCUCCCUUCAGCGCCCCAGGAAUGCACCUCAGAGCAGGCCAGACCCUAGGGGCACUUAUUCCCUCCCACGAGGAUCAACCACAUCAUCUCUGCCCUCGUACAACACCGCCAUGCAAGACAUGACCCCUGACUUCUACUACCUUCCCUCUCAGCGCAAGUACUCUGGUGAGGUUGUCCGCGUGUAUGUAGAUUACAAUAAGUCCAAAUAAGGCUGUUAAAGCUUGACCAAUUUAUAGGUCAUGUUGAUUACAAUUUUUUUUUGGAGGUUAUCUGGUUCAUGGCCGAUUAGUGAAACUGUUUUUUUAAUUUGUUUUAAAUUCCUUUUUAUGAUUUCAUUUGCAUAUUUAGGAGAGAAUGUGUACUUACAUUGAGUGAUUAACUUUUUAAAAAGUGGUUUGCGAUGCUUAAUGCCACAUUGCAUUAUAUUACAAGUAAAACCUGGUUGGUGUUUUACGAUGGAGAUUUAUAACUAUCUGGAUUAUAUGAAAAGUGCACACAAUAUUUUGUAGAAAAUUUCCAGCUCUCCCUGUAUUGCAGUAGGGUGAGAGAAUGUUCAAGUAUAUUCUUCUUCUGUGCUGAAUAUUCCUUGUACUACUAAGGUUUUAUCUGUAUACUCGGUGCAAAACAACAAAGUGAUUUAUAUUGCUUGACAGCUCUUUGUUGUUAUUAAAUGGGCAAGUGAAUAUUCUACUUUUCUCUCUCAAAAGAAGAGAAAGUUCAAUAGAGUUAGUUUUCCAGCCAUAGUAAUAUGUUUAUAUUUGUAAAUAUAUACUAGGAAUGUCAGCAGUUAGUGUUGAUUGGAUUGCAUAUCAUUUUUCAUGAUGACAGUAUGAACAGACUUUUAAAUUUAUUAUAGAUAAAUAUUCUAGAUUUUCUUUUUUUAUAGUCUUACUGAAAAAAAUAAAUGAUUUAUUGAUAAAUAUGCUUUACAUCUUUUGCAUGUAUGUUAUGUAUAAACACAUGCUAUCUCUUUUCGUAUUUUCACAUUUGGGGAAACAAGGAUAUACUGUGUAUAUAUUGCCUUGCCUGUUAUCAUUUUACAACUGAAAGUAGUUGAAAUUGCUCAAAUUAGGGACUUUGCAAUAUGUGGGAAGAAUAGUUUUUAUUUUUGCACAAUAAUGGCAGUUUUACAAACAAAAUGUGUUAGACAAGAAAUAGUUAUGACUCUUGGUGGUCAUCUAAAGAAAAAAAAAA